GGAGAGUCUAAUUAUUUUCUUCCACUUUCUCGAUCUUUGAGAUUUCUUUCAAAGGAAGAAAAAAAAAAAAACUCGCGAUGUCCGCCGAAUCAGCUAGCCAAAUUCCUAAGGGACAGGUUGAUCUACUAGAUUUUAUUGACUGGUCUGGUGUUGAAUGUCUUAACCAAAGCUCAAGUCACUCUUUGCCCAAUGCUCUCAAGCAGGGAUAUAGAGAAGAUGAAGGUUUAAACUUAGAGAGUGAUGCUGAUGAACAACUUCUCAUCUAUAUUCCUUUUAACCAAGUUAUCAAACUACAUUCCUUUGCUAUCAAAGGCCCUGAAGAGGAAGGUCCUAAAACUGUAAAGUUUUUCUCAAACAAAGAGCACAUGUGCUUCAGCAAUGUCAAUGAUUUUCCUCCAAGCGACACCGCUGAACUAACUGAAGAAAACCUUAAGGGAAAACCGGUGGUCCUAAAGUACGUAAAGUUUCAGAAUGUUCGUAGCUUGACGAUCUUCAUCGAAGCCAACCAAUCAGGUUCUGAGGUCACCAAGGUUCAGAAGAUUGCUCUCUAUGGCUCAACGGUGGAGACGACUGAUAUGAAGGGAUUGAAAAAGAUUGAAGAUCACUGAGCAUACAAAAGUGUUUUAAUCAUAUGAUCGUAUAUCAGUUUGAUUUCUAGUGUUCUAUUGCGUUUCAUCGUUUGUUUUUUACUUACUUUUUUUUGAAUUAAAAUAGACCAGAACUUGUGAUUGCCUAUUCGCAGGAAUUCGAAACGAAGGAUAAGUCAAUUUGAAAAUCAUCUUGCAAUUCUUAACAGUUUGGGCAGGACUCAACUUUUAUCUUUGUGUGUUCAUAUUCUUGAGGGGGAAAAGGGCGUUUAUUUAUGAGGCAGUUAUUACACAAGUAAAAUAUGAAUAAUGAUAGAACUAGGCAUCAAAUAGUUAUUAGUCUUAAACUCUUAAUUAAACAUAGAUCCAAUAUGAAAUCUUGAUUUAUAAUAACUAUUAGAAAUUUGGAAUUAGGAUUAAAAAUCUUACUGAGCAUUUUUAUUGGGAUUAUUUUCUUUCUUUGUCUGAAA